AACAACAAAUUUUGGCUGCCCUUGCAAGAAUGGAGACUCGGCAAGAAGAAAUAUUAAAAAGGCUUUCCGCCGUAGAAAACGCCCUUGCCGAGAAGAUGCCCGAGCGUUGUGAAGUUCAAGCGCAGGGUCAACUGCUGCGUGAAUGUAAGGUGCUCUCUGCGAAAACCCACCGCAGUGUAAGCCGAAUCACCGGUGACUUGGUAAGUGAAGAGCAAACUUUACUGCAAAGUUUGCUACCAAUGUCAUCGGAGGGAACACUGCAUAAGGUGGAGGAGCACCUUCAAAACAAGGCACACGCUGACGCUAUGGUGGGCAUCAUCAUGCAGCUAAAAACAUCAAGGGGUACAGUGGAGAAAGUGCUGCAGUCGUUAUUCAGCGACGAGUUGGUGUGGCUGUACAACUUCGAUGGAAAGGCUGGGAAAAAGCCACUAAUUAAAUUAAAAACUGUGGAGCUAGUUCUCGAUUGCUGUGCAAAAGACGUGUUGAAGCAUCAGCAGCUACAUUGUAUAUAUCGGAGUCAUUGGAUAAUGAAGGUCUUCAACAUGUUGGAUGAAAGGGCAAGGGACAGUCUGACAAAGCAUCCUUAGAAAUGUCUCGAUUCAGACGAGCGGAAACUCAUCAAAUUGCAAUUUAAUCUAACAGGAUGAGGAAAAUUACGAAUGUUUGCAAGCGCCAGAUGAGAUAAUUGUUUUAGACACUACUGCUGCAUCAAGCCAGUCACAAGACAUAACGCUACAAGCGCCACUAUCGAAUUCCGAAAAUUUGGUUACACAUGAUGUCAAUGUGUUAUUCUCGAGCGGCUCCAUGGAUAUAAGUAAUUUAUGCAACUGGCCGCUAGAAGCUACACAUAGUCAAAGUCUAUAUAUAAGUCG